CCUUCCUUAGGGGCGGGGCGAGAGAGGGAAAGAGGGAACUGUCAGGCUGCAUGGGAGCUGUCCCGGCUUGACUGGGCUGGGGCAAUCUGUUGGGAGUGCUCUCUCCAAGGGAUGUCUGGUGCUGAGGCUGCUUGCUCCAGGAGAGGGAGCUCCGCCCCAGGGCGCACAGGGAGCUUGCCAGGCAGGAUGGAGUUGGACGCAGGAUGGAAGAGGAAGGAGGCCUAGGGUUCCAAGUCUCCCUGGGGCCAGGGCUGUGAGUCAGAGUAAUGUGUGUGGGCUGGGGUGGGGAGAAGAUUGGGCUCGAGGGGCUGGGGGAGGCGCUGGGUACCCCGCAGCCUCUUAUCCCGGUUUAGCCCAGUCGCACACGAAUGCGGAGCGUUUGACUGACAUGGGCCAAAGUUAUCCCGGAAUAAAGGCUGCACGCAUGUGCCGUCAACCCGGAUGUGAACUGGCGACCAGCCCUGCUCUCCAGCCCCCUCUUCCAGCCCCCACUCCCACCCACCCACCCUCCACCACCUCUCCUCCCGGGUUGGCCUUUGCGUGCUGUCAUGGACCACUGAGGACGCAACCAGACCAAAGCCCACGCCGUGCAAUCCGAUCCGAGCCAAGCUACCGACUCCUGCUUCUAGGGGACCCAGGGAGCCGAGGGAGAGCCAGCGAGGAGACAGAGAGGUUUAGGGGCUAGAGGACCCCCCCCUUCCCUUCUCCUAGAGUCGGCACGGAGCCAAGGAAGGGGCCCCAGUCAAGGCCAGGCCUUUUACUGACAUGUCAACUUCUUUAUCUGAUCCCUGAAAGCAGAAUUCUUGUGCAUUGGAAUGAGAAGGUACCUUAGUCCAAGAUCCUCAUCCUUCAUUUGAGGAAACUGAGGCUGGGGAACUGAAGUCACUUGUUGGGGUCAUUGCCCAGCCAGCUCAUUUCAGUCAGCAGUGCUGGACUCUAAGGGGUUCAUAGGACCUUAGCCUUAGAGUUGAAAGAGACUGCGGUGGCUGUCUAGCCCAAUCCCCCUCUUUUGUGGAUGGGGAAACUGAGGCCCAGGGAGAUUGUCUAAAUGGAACUUAAAAUCAUAGUAUCCUGAUUUAAAGCCAGAAGAGACCUCAGAGGUCAUCUGGUCCUGUUCACAAAAAAAGGAAGAGACUUAGUUGGAGAGACAUUAAAGGGUUUGGCCCACAACAUCCAUGAACAGUGGCCGGAUGGGUAUUAGAACUGAGGUCCUCUGAAUUCAGAUCUUUGCUAGUGCAUCAGAGUCGCUUCCCUGACUUCCCCUAAUCUAGUCUGCCUUCAGCCCUCCUUCUUCCUUUUUUUCCACUGAGUCCCAUAUGGGACCUUAAAAUUUCUUCUGCCCCUCUUCUUUCAGAGUCCAACUUCAUCACCUAUUUCCCUCCCAAGGGCAUCAGAGCAGCCCUUAAAGAAUCCCAAUCUCGUCUCUUUCAGUCCCCCACUCAGACCAUCUCUCCAUUUUCCUUUUCCUGAUCCCACACCUCUUUCUCCAUGCCCCUCACGGCUUCUGUGAGGGGAGAGGGCAAGAAGGCUGCUGCCCGGGGUGGGCGCAUGGACUUCCGGGGCAGGAAGUAUGAGCGGGGAAGCAACUGGUCUGAUCCUGAGGUGAUGGAGCUGCUCCAGCUUUGGGCUGACAAAUCUGUCCAGCUGGAACUGGAGAGCUGUCUUCGGAACCAGCAUGUCUUUAACCGGAUCGCCGAAGUGCUCCGGGAGAAGGGGAUCCACCGCACUGGGGACCAGUGCCGGGAGAAGAUCAAGAAAAUGAAAUUGGAAUACCGUAAGAUCAAGGACAGCAACAAAGUCACGCAAGGAGGCCGAACCUGGAAGUUCUACGAGGUGAUGGACAACGUCCUUACCAGUCGGCCUUCCGUCUCCUAUAACCCCAUGAUGGGCAAUGCGGUCAGCCAGCCUGGGUUGCCCAGAACCUUUGUUGAAGGUUACCAUCAUCACUUUGCCCCUCCCAACCUCCCCUUCAGUCAUUCCCAGCAGCCACCCGAGAUGAUUGAGAUCAAAUGUGAGCAAGUGGACUCCGAAGAGCAGUACCCAACCCCUGAACCUCUUCUCUCCAUGACUUACCAGCCAACCUCCCCUAAGGAUCAGCAAACAGAGCACAACUUUCUGGAAAGGGGACAGACUGGCUCCUCCCUCUCCAGGGUAGAGGUUCCCAUUGAAACCAGAAUCUCACCUUCAGGUUUUAGUGAACAUAACCUAGCCUCCUCCUCUCAGCUCCCAAGCGAGGGGCUCCAGCCUGAUUUUCCCAACAUACACCGGUUCAGGCGGAGGUGGAAGGACUUGAGGGUCCGAGACCCUGUGGAUGAACUGUUGCUAAAGGUGCUGACAUCACAACAGGCCAUGGAAGAGGGAUUCCUGCACCUGGAGGAACAGAGGGUACAGUUAGAACAGCACCGCUUGGAGUUGGAACGGGAGCAUGAGUUCCGAAUGUUUGGCCUCUUUGCCCAGAUGUUGGGGAUCCUUAAGCAGGGAAGUGGGGCCUCCUUGGGCCCAGCUGCUCCAACUCCUCUAACAGGCUUUGGCUUAGCCUUUGAGGACCAGAGGGGAGCCAGAAUUCCCCAGAGGCCAGAGCAGACUUUUCCUGGCUCCUAUAAGCUCUGGAACCCUGGAACCAACCACCCGCAGAGGAGUCCUUACCUCUCCACCCGAGGAAAUGACAUCAACUCCAAACGUGGUUUCUCCCAGGAGGGCUUUGCAAACUACGCUGCAAACAAAUAUGAUGAAGAAAAAAACCCGAGUGGCAUCAUUAACUUGGGGGUCAGUGAGAACAAGCUCUGCUUUGAUCUGUUGUCCAAUCGGCUGAACCAGUGUGAUAUGCAUUACAUCGAACCUUCCUUGUUGCAGUACUCAGAGUGGAGGGGACACAUGUUCCUUCGUGAAGAAAUAGCCCGGUUCCUGACCUACUAUGGCAAGGCUCCCACUCGACUCAAACCAGAAAAUGUGACCCUGCUCAAUGGCUGUGGCUCUGUCAUCUCAGUACUGGCCACAGUUCUGUGUGACCCUGGGGAGGCCUUUCUGAUCCCCACUCCCUUUUAUGGUGGGAUCAGCGAUGACGUCUACUACUAUGGGAAUGUCCAGCUGGUCUAUGCUCACUUGGACAGCAAGAUCACGGAGACCAACACCCGCCCCUUCCAACUUACUGUGGAGAAAUUGGAGAUGGCGCUGUGGAAAGCCAGGCGUGAGGGGGUGUCUGUCAGAGGUCUCAUCCUCAUCAAUCCCCAUAAUCCUUUGGGUGACAUCUACUCCCCAGCAGAGCUGCUAGAGUACCUGGAGUUUGCCAAGAGGUACCAGCUACAUGUCAUCAUGGAUGAGCUGUACAUGCUCACAGUGUUCGAUGAGUCAGUGACAUUCCAUAGUGUGCUGAGCAUAGACAAGCUGCCAGACCCUCAAAGGACCCAUGUAGUAUGGGGGACCAGUAAGGACUUUGGUAUUUCUGGGAUCCGCUUUGGUGCACUGUACACAGAAAACAAGGAUGUAUCCAGCGCUGUGACCAACCUCUGCUAUUUCCAUGGCAUCAGUGGCAUCACUCAAUACCAGAUGGCUCAGCUUUUGAGUGACCAUGAUUGGAUUGAUCAAGUUUACCUGCCAACUAACCGCCUCCGGCUCAAGGCUGCCCACACCUAUGUCACGGAUGAACUGAAAACCCUGGGCAUCCCCUUCCUCAACCGUAACUCUGGCUUAUACGUCUGGAUAGACCUUAGAAAGUACUUACGCAGGGGAACUUUUGAGGAGGAACUGUUGCUUUGGUGCCGUUUCCUGCGUCACAAAGUGCUGCUGUCCAAUGGCAAGAGCUUCCAGUGUUUUGAGCCUGGUUGGUUCCGUAUAAUCUUCACUGACAAGAUGCACCGGCUACAACUGGGAAUGCAGAGGAUCCGCCAAGCCCUAGACAAGCAGGCUCAGGAGCUGCAUCAGAUGUUAUCUGUGCCCAGGCAGCUGCCGGAGCAAGAAGGCGGGGCAGACAGCACCGAAGAGGCAGCAUUUGUCCCCGGGCAGCAGGGGCCAACUGAGCACAGCAAGAUGGGGGACCCAACUGGACUGAUUGAGGAGCAGAUGCGCUCAUUUACCUGGAUGCAGAGGGGCUCCCUGGAGCAUCCCGAGGUCUUGGAUGUGCUUAAUAAACUAGCCAGCAAACAAUAGGGGCCCCCUCUGGCGGGCUGGGCUAGAGCAAUACAGGGUUCAGAGCCUCUUUCCAAACACGAAUGAAAGAGGUCUUUGCUUGAGCUAGUCUCCCUUCAAUCCUGAGCGCCUUCCAAGACGGGCCACUUCUCUUUGUUGGGGAGCUAACUUGGGUGUUUUGGUUUGGGGGGCCAUCGCUGUCUUCUCCAUGGCUUUUCCAAGGGCUUGGGAUACCUUAGGGUUGGCCUCUUGGAAAUGGGUUGAGGGCCCAAGCCUCGCUCCUUCUUGAGUAACUUUGGAGACUGUUGUUGUUGGUUUUUUAUCUUGUGUCUAAUAAAUUUCUGCUUUGCUUUUCAA